AUGCAGCUACCCCACAGAACAGCAUGGCCUCAGCGCCUUGCAUUCUAUGUCGUUGCGCUCUUCUACCUUACAAGCACAGUUUGUGCAAAGGAAAGCGAGUGCCAACCUAUAUACUGGCAACCGGGUCAAUUUGAGAAACGAGACCUGUCCGACACCACUUCUGCUCUCAAUUCCACAAUCACCGGAAGUGCCAGUGUUUCCAGCUCCCUACCCGCGACGGCUACUUCUACCUCCGCCGUGCUGGUGCCGGUCACCAUCAGCCCGCUCAUCAACGAAGACCCUCAGCCGGGUGAAAUUAACUGUCGGUAUACCGCCAGCACGGAGGGUAUGGAGAUCAACUACUACACAUGCACCGCACUUGCUACGAAAUAUAGGAUCAGUGUCGAUACAUUGUUCGGGUUGAAUCCAGGGCUGGAUCGUGACUGCGGCAACAUUGAAGCCGAUACCGAGUAUUGCGUUCGAGGCUUUAUCGAACCCCUCAGAGCUUAUGACGGUCUCUGCGGUCCUCCUCACAACAAUGCUACUUGUCUCGGCACCCAGUUUCAGUGUUGUAAUGCACUAACUUGGAGAUGCGGCGACUCUGCAGAAGACUGUGCAGAGGGAACAUGCUACGAAGGUGCAUGUGUAGGAGAUUCUGUCUAUAGCACAGACGGCACAUGUGGCCGAGACCACGGCUAUAGGACGUGUACUGGCAUAUGGGGAGAUUGUUGCAAUGCAGCCGGAAGAUGCGGAACUGGCCCUGACUUUUGCGCAUACGGCAAGUGCCAGUUGGGAAACUGUGACCGCCAACCAACCUCUUCCAUAACCUCAUCUUCCACAACCACCGUUAAAACGAGCAAUCCCGUAACCGCCUCUACUUCAAAAGCUUCAACAUUAAUCGCCACGACUAGUACCACGACCAAGUCAACAUCCACAAGCAGCUCCAAGACCACAACCUCGAGUUCCGCUACCAAAACAAGCUCAACCACAACAUCCAAAUCAAGCACCGCGGCAACUACAACUACCACAAAACCUCCCAGCACUACAAUCCCCGGUCUGGCCGCUUUGCCCUCAUGUGGCCAGACGUGCUUCAACAACAUGCUUGCCCAACAUUCCGCGCUGGGAUGUGCCGCUCUAGACAGCUACUGUCUCUGCAACAACGUCGACUUCCAGAACGGCAUUCGCGAUUGCUCAAACGGGGCCUGUGGAACUGCUGUUGGCAGCACAGUAAUCUCUUUCGGAAGCGCAUAUUGCUCUACAGCUUUUGCUACCCACACCGCCACCACCACCGGCUUGGCUGCUCUGCCCUCUUGCGGUCAGACAUGCUUCAACAACAUGGUGGCUCAGUAUUCGGCUCUUGGUUGCGCUAGUCCCGCGCCGUCUUGUUUGUGUAAGAAUGCUAACUUUGGAUACGGUUUGAGAGAUUGUUCAAAUGGCGCCUGUGGGACGGCUGUUGCUUCGAGUGUAAUUGCUUACGGAAGUUUAUAUUGUGCGUCUGCAACGGCUGUUUAA